AUGAGAUCCUGCUGGAUCCUAGCCGCAGCGAUUAUCAUCCCCCUGGUAAUCACUGAAAAUUCUUCCGCUCUCCAGGGUAUGAAGCAGAAACCCACAUCUUCUUUGAACACGGUGACCUCAAGCGAUAUCAGUAGGUUUUCAAAAGCCCGGGUUCUCGAGAACAGCAAGGAUUUGGGGAAAGAAAAUGAAGCGCGAGCAGGGCCUAACCUUGACAGGGUGGUUUCGGACCUACUUGACGAUGCGGUCAGAGUUGCCAAGCUAUCAAGGACAAAGUCGCUAUCUGCUCUCGACGAACUUGAGGCGCUAAUGGAGAGUCACAAAUCGAUCAAGGCAAAGCUUAGACCGCUGCUUGAGGAUUUUGCGACAGUUGAGAAACUGACCCCAACUGAAGCUGCGACCAAGUGGGGCAUUAGGACGCUAUUCAAGACGAAGUCGAUGGAGGAGCUGGCUAACCACCCGGACUAUUUGUUAUGGAAGGUAUACACGAAGUACUGGAACAAAUACCACUACUCGCCAGCUUAG